UAAGGUUUGACUAGGUAGCAGAACUACAAACAUUCGUGUUUGAAAUAUUACUAGUUGUAGUGUAUUGUUAAGAAUAUAGUAUUACCCAUAGACCAAUGGGGCAAAUAUUUUUGCCGGACGCUAAAGGAGCACUUGUUGCAAGCGACGAGUAGUAGUCAACGGUAAGAACUACAUUUAAGGGACACAAACUGACCAUGGCGUCGUCAGGAGAAUGUGUCAAAGUCAUAGUGCGAUGUCGUCCGAUGAACGCCAGGGAGAAGAACAUGGACUGUAACUGCGUUCUGGCCAUGGAAAGUAGCAGAGGAUCCUGCCAGAUAACUAACCCCACAGAUGCUAAGGCACCACCCAAAAUGUUUACAUUUGAUGGUUCCUAUUUCACUGACUCCACAACAGAACAGAUAUACAACGAUAUUGCCUACCCGCUGGUUGAGGGUGUGACUGAGGGCUACAAUGGCACCAUAUUUGCUUACGGGCAGACUGGAUGUGGAAAAUCAUUCACUAUGCAGGGAAUAACCAACCCACCAACACAACGAGGAAUUAUACCAAGAGCUUUCGAUCAUGUUUUUGAGACUGUGUCAGUUACGGAUGCAACAAAAUUUCUCAUCCAUGCCUCUUAUCUGGAAAUUUACAAUGAAGAGAUCAGAGAUUUGUUGGGCAAAGAUGUGAAGGCCAAACUGGAACUGAAGGAACAUCCCGAAGGGGUCUACGUUAACAGCUUAUCCAUGCAUCCGGUACACAACGUGACCGAGUGUGAACGCAUCAUGGAGAAAGGAUGGAAGAACAGGUCCACAGGGUCAACACUGAUGAACGCAGAUUCAUCACGCAGUCACUCCAUCUUCACCAUCCUCAUGGAGAUGGCAACGUUGGAUGAUGAAGGGGAGGAACAUAUACGUGCCGGCAAGCUCAACCUGGUGGACUUGGCAGGAAGUGAGAGGCAGGCGAAAACAGACGCUACAGGUGAUCGGCUGAAGGAAGCCACCAAGAUCAACCUGUCCCUCUCUGCCCUGGGUAACGUCAUAUCAGCCCUAGUGGACGGCAAGUCCGCACAUAUACCAUACAGAGACUCGAAGCUGACCCGCUUGCUGCAGGACUCACUCGGAGGCAACACUAAAACCAUGAUGGUGGCCUGUCUGUCACCAGCUGACAACAACUAUGAGGAGACAAUCAGCACGCUCCGUUACGCCAACAGAGCCAAGAACAUCAAGAACAAGCCCAAGAUCAAUGAAGACCCGAAGGAUGCUCUCCUCCGAGAGUACCAGGAGGAGAUCGAGAAGUUGAAAGCCAUGCUGAUGGGCCAGAUGCCUGUUGAUGGCCUUUCUGGUGUACAGAAGGCACCCCAGGGCAGGGCUAGCAGGCAGUCUCCAGGGGGUGUCACACGGGAAGAGCUGGAGGCAGAGAAGACGAGACUGAGAGAGGAAUAUGAGACACAGAUGGAAGACAUGGCCAAUAAGUAUGAGAUGGAGAAAGUUGGGAAGGCCAAACUGGAAGAAGACAUGACCAAGCUCCGUAGCUUUUAUGAUGACCAGCUGCGGUCAGUGGAUGGUCAGCUGGCACACUUGCCACCAUCAGCAGCAGUGCUUGGAGAAAUAGAGUGGUCACACAAGGGAGUGAUGGACAAACAAUCCCACGAGGCAGGAGUUGAAAAGGAGGAAGAGGGGGAAGAAGAGGGAUUUCAGGAAGAAAGACCAACGAAACCUCGGAAGAAGUCUCGAUCUGGAACAACCACUAGAACUGGUGGACGUGAUGAAGGACCGGACACAGCAGCUCCUCGUGAUCGUCCAUCAUCAGUAAUGUCCGGACGUGACUUGCCAAGUGGACCAGAGCUAGACUACAUGGACCCUCAAGGGGAGGUAACUGAGAGAGAAGCAGAAGCCAGUUAUAGAUCUGAGAGUGCAUCCAGCCAGGUGCUGACCACUACCCCCAAUGAACCCCCUGGUCAGCAGCAGCAGGCCAGUGGUCAGAUACAGUCCGAGGAGGCAGUCAGGAAACGUUUGGAGGAACUGCAGCAGCAGAUGGUUGGAGGAGAGAACAAGAACAACCGUGAGGUAAAGGAGAGGAGGAAGAAGAGGAAGAGAUAUGCUGAAGAAAGGAAACAGAAGCUUGCAGAGGCCAUUGCUAACAUGGAUGAUGAUGGCAUAAUGAUUGCUAUCUAUGACAACAUUCACGAUGAAGUGAGAGCUAAGAACAAACUUCUGGAGAAGGAGAAACAGAAGAUUGAGGCACUUGAGGUUGAGCUUUCAGACCAGCGGUCUGAGUUUGAGUUUGACCGUAUCGACUACCUGGACACCAUCCGGAAACAGGAGAAGCAGAUGCUGCUGCUGGAGUCCUUGCUGGACCGUGUUCAGCCCUGUAUACGGAAAGACUGUAACUUUAGCAACCUGGAUAGAAUCAAGAUGACAUGCAAGUGGGAUGAAGAUGCGCAUAAGUGGAUCCUCCCCAAAAUGACAAUCGAGAAGACAGCACUGCCAUCUAGUGGUACUGGUGGAGUGAUGCCAGGGAGGGCGUACGACCCACGGUCACCGUCAACGAAUGGAGACAUGUAUGAAGGUUACGAUGACCAGAGACUUAAAGAGAAACUACGUCAGAGUGAAGACAUAUCCAACUCCUACUUUCAAUCUCGUCGCACUAAUCAGCUGAUGCAGUCUCCAGAUUCAGGCAACAAGAUCAGUAUGCGUGAAAUCCGAGAUUCCUACGCCACCAAUGGAAACUCCUUCUCUCGAGCUGAAGAACCAAUGAGCCGGGAGCUCCGAGCUGCCCAAGUUCAUGGUCAACUACAUAAUGAUGAAGGUGUGUUUCGGCGACCAUCCCGACUCGAUGCUUUGCCAACUGUCUCAGGGAAGAAGCCCAAGAAGAAGAAGGGGACCUAUGAUUAUUGAUGCAGGCUUUUGUGUCGAAAUCUGGAAAAUUGUGUUUACCAUUACAAUUUUCUAUCACAUAUCAACUGCUUUUAAACAUGGACAUGAGUUGAACUCAUGAACUGAUUCAUCAGUCCAAAUUGAAGAUUAUGGAUAAACAAGAGUAAACAACCCAAGGUAAUUCAGGGUUUUGCAAUGCCUGAUGAUGUCUCAAAAGUUUUCAGAGUUAAUUGAGCUGCAGAUGGCUCAGUGGUCUAAGUGCUAUAAUUGAUGUGUCAGGAUUGGCUGAAACUGGGGUUGAAUCCAAGUUUGCAUCACGGUGAUCCUUGUUGUUUUAAGGCCACAUGUGAUGGGCCUGCAUAGGGGUCACAGGUGGCCCAGUCAUCGAAGGGGGUAAAGUUCGCUGUGCAGAACUGCAUCCCUAUGCACGCCAGAAAUGUAGUAAUGGUUCAAAUGUUGUCUUCAUUAUAUUCUGUGUUUGUCAAUACCAUACCCGCAGUCAUGAGUUGCACCUGUGCAACAUCUGCGACGUGCAUCAUGUUUUUCUCCCAUAUUAAGCUCACAACCAGAUGUAACACACAUGCCAAACAUGAUUCAUCCGUGUUAAUGGUUCCCUCUUGUAGGUUUGGAAGGAAAUAGCUUUUGAGAUACUAUAUUUUCAUCUUGACAGUUCAUAGUGUCCCAGGGCGGGGGUCAGCCCAAUGGUUGAAGCAUUCGCUCAUCACUCCAAAGAUCCGGGUUCGAUUUCCCAAAUGGGUACAAUGU